UGUGCGUUCAUUUAGACGGCAUCAUGUGCCUUAGGAAGUCCAUCAAACGUACGUAUGUUAUCUUUCGCGGGAAGCUGGGUCACGAGCUUGUCUCUUCAUCACCAUGAUUUUGAGGGUGUAUAUAAACGUCUGCUGUCCUCUUAAUAUUGUAACUCUGCUGCCGGUCACAGCUCAUCUACCUGCUCACCUGCCGGCUCGUCCAUAUAUCCUCUCCACAAUACAGCCCAUCCAUGUCAUCGUUUAAACGCAACCAGCUUCAUGACACACGUACUCCAGUAUAUAUUGGCAUUUUUCCAGAAUCCAGGUCAUGGUGGACCCCAUCCUCAUCACAUUCGCACGCACCAUCUUCUUCUCUAUCUCUAUACAAGUCCCCUCAAGCUGUCACUGCAUCUCACCCCUCCUUGAACGCGCCGUGUCGCAUGAGGGACAUUGAUCCCACCGUAACCUUCGCUUCCCCCUCUGUCGUCAUUGCCAAGUCAUCCUAUAUUAUAAUAUUGGAUGGCGCACCCAUACACAGCGAGGACACGAAACUCGAAUGUAUCGGAUCGUGUUUCACUGGUUCUAUGAACCCUUCCAGUGACGGUCCAUUGCUCUACAGAACAGCUUUAGUUCCCAAGUACUGGGAGAUCUUGUGCAAAUCUCCAGCAUCAUUCAGGAUGUAUACCGUCCUCCAGACCCAGCAUGUUCCGGAAGGUCGUCAGGUCGUCCCCGCCCUGUUCUUAUCUUCUCGGCUAUAUACCACUUCCGAUACACAGUUCCUGUGUGCAGGCCCCAAUCUUCCAUACCAUGCCUCACAUAUCAAGCCAAUCCACCCUUCACCGCAGACGGUGCUCACUCUUAUUCCGAAUCACUCGAGCCCAUUUUCGCACGAAGACAGCACGGAAAACCAGCUGUACGAGCAACUCAUACUGGGCCACUUUUCCCCUAACAAGACGCAUCACUCGCCUUUGACCAUAUCGAAGGAAAUAAUGGCACAGCCGUCGUCUUCAAGCUUCCCGAAGGACAUCCGUAAUUAUCUCAUGUAGGAAAGUAGUACACAUGUAACAGUAUUAGCGUGUACGGUAUGCUUGUUAUUCUAUAUGUAGAGUCCUCUGGCGGGGCCGGGGGCCAGAUGCUGCCAAACUGAUUUUCCGCGGAUCCUCUAGGGCCUUGGGCCUUGGUCAUUGGCCCGUCUGAGCGUGAUACUUGAGAAGUUAUAAUGGACGUGAUGUUGCUUCGGGAUGCACUGUAUUCUGAGAACACACAUACGUGUUUUUUUCCUGACUUCCGCGUGCGACUCGUUUUGCGC